AUGAAGAGAGCUAUGCAACUGGCAAACUGGACUCAAGUAACUAAAUUCAUUCUGGUGGGUUUUCCUGGAAGUCUAAAAUUGCAGCUCUCUCUCUUCACAGUUUUUCUAGCUGCCUACACCCUAACAGUGAUGGAAAAUCUGAUCGUCAUUGUACUAAUCUGGGGGAACAUCAAGCUUCAUAAACCUAUGUAUAUAUUCCUGGGUAAUCUUUCUUUCCUGGAGAUCUGGUAUAUCUCAGUCACUGUACCCAAGAUGCUUUCAGGCUUUGUGACACAAAAGAUAGAUAUUUCCUUCACAGGUUGCAUGGCUCAGCUCUACUUCUUCGUGGCUCUGGCAUGCACUGAGUGUGUUCUCCUAUCAGUUAUGGCUUAUGACCGCUAUGUUGCCAUCUGUAGUCCCUUGCGUUAUUCUGCCAUAAUGAAUCAGGACCUUGUUAUUCGCUUAGCAGCUGGUUCAUGGCUGAGUGGUUUUUCUGUAGCCGCAGGGAAGAUCCUCUUUAUUUCACGUUUGAGCUACUGUGGACCCAACAUCAUCAACCAUUUCUUCUGUGAUAUCUCCCCACUUCUCAACCUGGCUUGCACUGAUUUGUCAUUGGCUGAACUCAUUGACUUCCUGCUAGCCGUGCUCAUUAUCAUUGGCCCACUUUCAGUGACAAUUACUUCUUAUAUCUGUAUUAUCUCUACUGUCCUGCACAUCCCAUCGGCCAAAGGAAAGCAAAAGGCCUUUUCCACUUGUGCCUCACAUCUUUUGGUAGUCACCAUUUUCUUUGCUGCCACCAUUUUUAUCUAUGUCCGACCAAGGGCUCUCACCUCUGUUAAUGCCAACAAGCUGGUGUGUGUUGCCUACACAAUCCUAACACCCCUUCUUAAUCCAGUCAUAUAUUGCAUGAGGAAUAAGGAAUUCAAGGCUGCCCUCAGGAAAACUAUUACUGUGCCUUCUUCAAGACAAAUGGGCUAG